GUGCAGCAUAGCUCACUCCGUGAUCCUCUAGAUGUGCAGCAUAGCUCACUCCGUGAUUCUCUAGAUGUGCAGCAAUUACAUGGCUGCCUCGGAAGAAACGUUGCCUUUGAAAUAAAACCAAUGCUUCAAAUCUUAAAACAGCAGAGCGCCAGAGAGAUAAACGGUGUGCGGAUAAGACUGAGCAGGAUUUAGUGUUUUACAACUGCUUGCAACAAUAAGGACGUUAUAUUUUCUUGAACAAAAUUACAAUUCAGAUCAGAUUUUGAAAAUCCAAAACAAGAAUGCAGUUUUGUUGAAGCAAUGUGUUGUUAUAUGUUCUUUAUAAUUUAAACCGACAUAUUAAAUUAUUCCAACAUGAAUGUUUCUAACGCUUCCAACAGUGUUCAAAACGCUUCCAGGGAAUCCAAUGGACAUACUUAUAUAGAGUUAGAAGGAGCUCGGGAAUGGUUUCAGGCCGCCCUUGUUCUGGUAUGGCUGUUCGCCAUUUUGGCGGUCGGCCUCAACAUCGCAGUGAUUAUGUGUAUUUGUAGACAGAAGAAAAAGUCUCGAUUGUACUUCCUGUUGCUAAACAUGGCCGUUGCAGACUUUUUGACGGGAUUGUUUGACACAGUUGUCAACGCGACGGAAAGAUCUCUUGGAUACGACAACAUCACGUGGGCAUGGUACGCGGGACGUAACGCUUGCAAGAUUCAACGGACAGCUACAAGCGUGUUUGCAAUGACGUCAAACUUCAUACUUGCGGCGACCAGUUUUGACAGAGCGAUUGCCAUUGCAAAGCCGUUGAUAAAUUUUAAACAAGGUUUUAAUGUACAGAAGGUCCUGGUAGUCUUGUGUUGGAUAUUCAGCACACUAUUAAGCAUUCCAGUCUUUCUUGUCAUGCACGUGUUUCAUGUAUUCGUGGACAAGGCGUAUUUCUUGUGCCAUAUUGACAAUAACGUGAUCAGCUUCGAUACAAUAACACACUACUUGUUGGUGUUUCAAUACCUCUUACCCCUUUUGACAAUCCUCGUCAGCUACGUGGUCCUCUUGUGCGCUCUUGGCCGCCGAUCUGCAUCAUGCACUGAAACAAAUUCCAGUGGGAAUGGCUUAUUAAGAAUAUUCAACGCCACGUUGCCUCGUGCAAAGACCAGGAGUCUUAAGCUGAUGUGCGGCAUCGUUGCAGGAUUUGUUGUUGCAUGGACACCUUACUUCACAAUUUCAUACUUAAGUCUGUAUGCCGGAUUUAACCACUCGUCUCUACAAGUUGGCAUUCUUUCAUACUACCUUAACGGUAUAAUCAACCCGGUGGUGUUCUUUAUAUUUCACCAUACGAAGCCAGCUAGAUCGCCGACGAGCUUCUAUUCCAAUGAGACAGCGAUUAGCACCAGCAGAAUAACGAAGGAGUCAUUCCAAACGUUUAUACCAGCAUCUGACGUGAACUGCAGUGAAAAUACUAUUUGACAAUGGCCAUAAAAAUACCUAUUAAGAUACGUUAUGACCAGUACGAAUAUUGAAAAUUCUCAUACACUUCUCACAAAUGCACAUGAACUUACAAGAAUAAUCAAUGGGCGAAGUCUUACAUACAUGCCCACCUACAUUGUUUUGCUUUGCGUGGUGGGUUUCACCUUCCACCAUAAAUGAAAUACCAGUGCAAUACAAUGUCAGCCAAAAUGAUGGCAUUGAAAAGCACACGAUGAUUUUUUGUCAUGCUGAGUUCAAGUGUAUGUUCUAAGAAAUUAUCCACAUCGACUUUCAUAAAGUUUUUGAUAUUGUGAAUAAAAUGGAGCUUCUUUCUCAAGAACGCACAUCAAUUGGCAAUCGAUUGCAUUUGCAUCGAAUGAAUUUUGCACGUUUAGAAGCCUUUGAAGGCAUAUCUUUAGACUUCAAACGAGGCUAGAACCUUUAAAUGUCUAGCCUUUUUAGAGUACGUUUUCUUUUAAUCCUUUAACAUAAUUGACAUUUGUUUCUUAAAAUACACUCUUCAAAGACUUGCGGAUGAAUGAACAGCUAACGGUUAUUUUACUCUUGUUAUAGUAUUUGUCUUAUAUGUCCAACAUAUGGAUUUUCAUGUGAUCAUCCUAAAUUAAAUUUAGAAAACAAA